AUGGCCGAGCUCACACCAGACCAAGUGAGAUCUCUUGACCUGACCAGACAGAGACUGCUAGCACUUCACCAAUCACUUGUCUCCCUUAGAGACAGCCUUGGAAACGCGAAUCCAGUGCCUUCCUUGCCAGAGUUGCAGACCCACGCACAACUUAUAUCCAAUAAUCUCCAGACCAUCACCUCGCAGCUGGCGGAGGCGGGUGAUCUGUUGCGAUCCACCGUCGCCUUCCCCACGCCACGAUUUCCCGGCAUGAAAAGCCAGAAUAUCUUGGACGCGUUACUGAGGAGCAAGUUCGAGCCGAACAUAGAGGACUGGGUCAAGGAAGGAGAAGAAAUUGCUGCUCAACAGCGAAAGACUAGUUCUCGUGGACUUUCAGAAAGCGAUCGGAACGAAUUGUGGCAGUGGGCUCCUGGUGCAGCAAACUCCGCUGCAAGAAAACAAACCUGGGGUGGAGACUACACACGGGCUGAAGUGCAAGCGGGCAUUGAGAGUGUGGUGACUGGUCUACGAAGGCAGCUGGUUGAGCCUCCAGAAGGCGAAGACGAUGAGGAAGCCGAAGAUGACGAAGAUGAGUACGAGGUGACCGAUGAAGAAGACGAAGGAGGAGCCGCGAUGGACGUCGAAAAACAGCAACUGAAGACCGAAUCCAAGUCGAUUCCAGAAACUCAGACAGCUCCGCCUACAGCUGGUUUGAUGCCUCUGGCGAGCAUUCACAAAUUCAUGACGACAGGACGAUGA